AUGCGGCGGGGCAAAGAGCGCUGGACGCACGCGGACGACGAGCGGCUGAGCCGCGCGCUGCUGGCGGUCUUCGCGAACCGCGGAGAGCCCGUGGUGCUGAGCGACAACUGCGCGCUCUGGAAGCGCGUGCAGCAGCGCUACCAGGAGCUCAUGGCGGCCGACGCGACGGCGGCGGCGCGUAGUGCGCGGUCUCUGCACACGCGAUGGGCGCGGGGCAUUCGGCCGGACCUGACUCUGUUUGCGUCGCUCGUGCAAAAGACGCAAAGGAACGGCGCGGACGCUGUCAAAGCUGUGGAAAUGGCCGUGCGGCUGUUCCGAGAGCAACGGAGCGAAGCGAACGCGGCGGCGGUGCGGCAGUUUGUGCAGAAGCGGCAGCGGACGUCGCUGACGGGCGGCGACGUCGACGCCGACUCGGAGACGGACUGUAGUCGGCCGAAGCUCAAGUUCGAGUCGUUCCACUUCCUGCACUGCUACGACAUUUUGGGCGCUAGUCCGACGUUCCUGAAGGUGCUGCUGGACCCGAGUCGGACGGCCAGGGGCGACGGGGCGCACGACAAGCGCCGUCGGGUCGACGCAGGAAGUGCACUGAAGAGAGAGGACAGCGCUUCGGUCGACGCACAAGAGGACGGGAAGCGCGUGGCGUCAGCGUCUCGCGCCCCACCUGCGCGUCGGGUCCAAGGGAUGAAGAUGAGCUCUACGCAGAGCAAAAGCCGCACUCAGCAGCAACCGCCAAGUGGCCAACAGCCUCAACGGAGAGACGAGAAGACGCGUCACUCUUUUACCGCCGCCCGACGGGAUUCCAGCCGUGCGGUUGUUACUCUCGACGACGCGAGUGACGACAUUGGCGUUCCUCCUGUCGAGUGUGACCGCGCAGUAGCCAACGAAUACGUCCGCCUGCGCAUCCAGACGCUCCGGGAAGACCGCCGGCUCAAACUGCUGGCUGAGCUUCGCGGUGUCGUCGCAACGAUCGCCCAACUGGCCCAGCAGCUCGCUUGGGACGGGGUGGCGUCUGCUGCAGUGGCGGCCCGGACAGGAAAAGCCCAUGUUGCAUCGAACUCGGGCGUGUUGCGUGACAUCGCCUUUUUCCGCCAUGAGAAGCAGCGGUUGAAGCAACGGAUAGCGGGCCUCGACGACGGCGCUCCGAGUCGGGACCGCGUGGCGCAGACCUAA